AGGUACCUGUCCCCCCUCUGGAGAAUCAGAGCAGUGAGAGGAGGACAGGCUGCAGGAGAAACAUGAGAACCAGGAGGAGAACAAGAAUUAGGAGAGCCAGAGAACCAGAACAAGGAGAACCAGAACCAGAGAACCAGAGCCAGGAGAACCAGGCUCUUCAGUCCCCCCACCCUCCCCUCGGGAUGCUGGUCCAGGUGUCCACGAGCCUCCUGUGCAGCAGCGGGGGGUCCCUGCCUCUGCUGGAUCUUCACCAGAUGCUGCUGCAGCGCUGCCGGAUCACAGAAGAACAGUUCUGCUCCAUGGUGCAGCAGUGCCCCCGCUUCCUGCUGGACCGCGGACCCGGGCCGGCUGGGCGGCUGCGGGCGGAGGACUGCUCGGUUCUGGCCCGGACCUCGCUGCGCCUCUGUACGCUAUACCCGCGUGGGGGGUGCUCCGAGUCUGAAUCAGGCCGCUGCCCGAACCUCCACCUCUGCAAGUACUUCCUGUUGGGAACCUGCAGGUUCGGGAAGGGAAGGAGGGCGUGCAGGCUGUCACAUGACCUGCGGUCGGGUCAUAACGCCGAGGCGCUGCGUGGCUGCAUGCUGCAGGAGCUGCAGGAGGAGCAGCUGAUGGUGCUGAUGGUGCAGAACGACCCCGCCCUGCUGCCCGAGGUGUGUGUGCACUAUAACAAAGGCGGAUGCAGCUUCCAGGAAGACUGCACCAAGCUGCACCUGUGUCAGCACUUCCUGCGGGGGGGUUGCAGGUUCGGGUCGGAGUGCACCCGGCAGCACGGCAUCGACCCGCCAGGCCGCCGCCUGCUGGAGGAGCGAGGACUCAGCGAGGAAACCAUCCAACAGCUGCCCCUCACCUACAGGAACAUCCAUGUCCUGACCACUGCAGAGAAACCUCCGGACCUUUCUGUUGGAGAUGUCGGCGAGACGGAGGAGAAGACGGAGAUCUGUCUGCACUUCCUCAGGAACAGAUGCAGGUUCCAGAACGGGUGUCGCCGGGUUCACUUCCCGCUGCCCUACAGGUGGGAGGCGUUUGAUGGCCGCACCUGGACAGACCUGCAGGACAUGGAGGACAUCGAGAGAGAUUUCCACGACCUGUUUAACGCUCAGAGCCUCGGAGCACAGCCCGUCGACUUCCUGCAGAUGAUCCGGGGACCGCAGCCCGUCCGCCGGCUCUCCACCGCCUCCUCCGUCACAAAGCCGCCGCACUACACCCUGACCACCGAGUGGCUGUGGUUCUAUAAGGGAGACCGGGGGGGUUGGGUGGAGUACGGGAAGCCGGAUGAAAAGCAGCGGACCACCUCAGAGACCUCGAGGACCCUGGAGGAGAGGUUUCUGUCGGACAGUUCGGCGGAGGUCAGGGUGGUGAAGGGCCACAGAGAGUACGUCCUCAGCUUCAGAGACAUGUACCAGAGGAACCUGAAGCACAACACCAGGCGGAGGGUCCGGCGGCGGCCUCGCCUCAUCUCCGAGCCGCAGGAAGUCCCUGCGGACCGGACCUGAACCAGGGCCUCAUCUUAGUCCCAUAUAUACGUUAUAUCAUACUCAGCGGGCUCCUGUUGGAAGAGGCCGGUCCCGGCGCCGGAAGCGAGUUCCUCGGAGGAGGUUCUGAUCCUCAGAGGAGGUCCUGAUCCUCUCGAGACACCGACAAAUACAGUCUUCUCGAUUAUUUAAAUCAAUCAAAAAUAGUGCAUUCUGGGAAUAAAAAGGGCGGACCUAAACGUGAACAACGUUUAUAAAGACGUACGCUGCCUUCUGUCUGUCACUCCUUUAUUUUCAUCUCUUUUUAUAAAUCUGCAGCCUUUGAUGAGAAUGGACUUCCAGAGGUCCAGUUCAUCCUCAGAGAUUUAAGCAGAAAAUAAACUUCAGUGUGGAUCAAAACAAAA